UAAUUAAAAUGCAAUCCCUGCAAGUGCUGAUUCCAGUGUUCUGCCUGGCACUCCUUGGCCAGGCAUGCCAGGACACAACAACAACAACAACAACAGGCACCAAGGAUUGGUGGCAAAAUGCGCAGUUUUAUCAAAUAUAUCCACGUUCCUUCAUGGACUCUGAUGGCGAUGGUAUUGGCGAUCUAAAUGGCAUCACCAGCAAGCUGGAGUAUCUCAAGGAUUUGGGAGUAACAGCAGCUUGGCUCUCGCCUAUUUUCACGUCUCCGAUGGUGGACUUUGGUUAUGACAUCUCCGACUUCUUCGACAUACAGCCAGAGUAUGGUACAAUGGAUGAUUUUCGUGCGCUCAUUAAGAAGGCCAACGAAUUGGGUCUAAAAAUUAUUCUGGACUUUGUGCCCAAUCAUUCAAGUGAUGAGAACGAAUGGUUCAAGAAGUCCGUGAGGCGGGAAAAGGGCUACGAGGACUUUUAUAUGUGGCACGAUGGUAAAGUUAAUGCGGAGACUGGCAAACGGGAGCCGCCAUCCAAUUGGCUCCAGGGGUUCAGGGGCAGCGCCUGGCAAUGGAAUGAGGAACGUCAGCAGUACUACCUGCAUCAGUUUGCUGUGCAGCAGCCGGAUCUAAACUAUCGCAAUCCGGAUGUUGUGGCUCAGAUGAAACGUGUGCUGCGCUAUUGGCUGAAUGAAGGAGUCGCUGGAUUCAGAUGCGAUGCGCUUCCAGUGUUGUUCGAGGUGGAGCCAGAUGCGAACGGCCAGUAUGCGGAUGAGGAAGUGAGCGGACUGACUGAUGAUAAGGAUGACCGUAACUAUUUAAAGAUGGACCUUAUUGAGAAUCGCCCCGAAACCAUUGAUAUGACAUAUCAGUGGCGCACAGUGAUGGACGAUCAUCAACGCAUUUAUGGCGGGGAUACAAGGGUUCUACUAAUUGAGACCUAUGCUCCGCCAGCGUAUACAAUGCAGUUCUAUGGCAAUCGCUCUGUGGAGGGAGCACAUCUGCCCUUCAAUUUCAAUCUGAUUACGGAGCCGGCGAAGAAAGGUGUCUCGGCCAGUUCCAUUAAGACAGCUGUGGACAACUGGCUGCUGAAUAUGCCCGCGGGACGCACUGCCAACUGGGUAAUUGGCAAUCACGACCAGCGAAGAUCGGCUAGUCGUUAUGGCGUGUCCAAUCUAGAUGCCAUGAAUAUGAUAGUCAUGAUUCUGCCCGGUGCCAGUGUUACCUAUCAGGGUGAGGAGCUGGGUAUGAUUGAUGGCUGGAUUAGCUGGGCAGAUACUCAGGAUCCCGCUGCUUGUAAUUCCAAUCAGGAGAUCUAUGAAAAGUUUUCCCGUGAUCCCUCUCGCACACCCUUCCAGUGGACAAGUGGCUUAAAUGCGGGUUUCUCCACAGCAUCGAAGACAUGGCUGCCUCUCGCCGAGGACUAUAAAACGACUAAUGUGGAGACGGAAUCAGCAGCAGCUCGCUCUCAUCUCAAGAUCUACAAAUCACUGGUUGAACUGCGCAAGAGCUCGAAAACUCUACAGAAUGGUGCCACCAAGUAUGAUGUGGUCAGUGAGAAUGUGUUUGUGGUCAAGCGCUCACUGUCUGGCUCGCCCAGGAUUAUUCUUGUGGCUAAUUUGGGCAGCAGAGGCAUCACCAUUAAUCUGGACCAGUUUGACACGACUUUGCCAACACAUUUGACCCUGAAAAUACGUAGCCUGAACUCGAGCAAGGCAGAAGGGGCUCUGUUUGAAACGAAUGGUCUUAGCCUGGCUGCUGGGGAGGCUCUGGUCUUAAGCGACAGUUAAAUACAAUAAAGUUUUUUCAGUUGGACUAAUUUUUUAAGUCUAACCAAUUAAAUUUGCUAUCGCACUUUCAAAAACUUUCGACAGCUCAGGCAGCUUUCGGGUGUUCCCAAAAGCAAGUAUGCCGACUCUUGUAUAAAUAAAUAAGCAAACAAACAAA